CAUCCCCUUCCUCGUGUACCCCCCUCUCCAUCUUCCUCUCUCUCCUCCAUCCCGUCUCUCUUCCUCUCUGUAGUCUGGUCCAAUAGCCGGUCAAAUAGUCAACCAGUCUUUUCACAGAGACUGAUCACGGACCACAAGACUUAGCCGACUAGCCGACCAACAAGACCUUCCGAACACUAUGCGUCUCCUCAAAUGGGCCUUCCCUCUUUUCCCUCUUAUCUCGGCCUUACCUCAAAUCACCCGACAAGGUAAAUACCUAUUCGAUCCAUCAGGAAACAGAUUUUUCAUCAAGGGAGUGGCAUAUCAACCUCAAGGUACUUUAGCGACUGAUUCUGCGUCUAAUGAGGCAAAUGGAGGGUUUCCAGAACCAUCAUCAUUCAUCGAUCCACUUUCUUCCGCUCAAAAUUGCACAAGAGAUCUACCUUACCUCAAACAACUGGGAGUCAACGCAGUGCGGGUAUAUUCUGUCAAUAGCAGUUUGAAUCAUGAUGAUUGUAUGAAAAUGUUUGAUGAUGCUGGUAUUUAUGUUUUACUCGACGUCUCUCUUCCCCUCAACGGCAGUAUAGACAGAUCUUCCCCUUCAUGGUCUACGAACCUACUGAACGAAUACACAACCACCAUCAAUGCUUUUUUGAAGUACGACAACAUACUGGCUUUCAACAUUGGAAAUGAAGUUAUCAAUCUGGUGUCCAACACCAAUGCUGCUCCCUACGUAAAAGCCGCGGCAAGAGAUAUCAAAGCCUACCUCAGAGGACUCGGCUCAUCUGUUCUUAUUGGAUAUUCAGCCGUGGAUGGGGAUGCCGAUUUCCGGAAUACAUUGGCGGAGUAUAUGUCAUGUGGCGAUGAUUCUAUAUCUGUGGAUAUUUAUGGCCUGAACAACUACGAAUGGUGUGGUAACGAAACCAUCACGUCUUCAAAUUGGAACACUAUCACCUCUGGCUUUUCUUCAUUACCCGUCGUCACUUAUAUGUCCGAAUAUGGCUGUAUAUUCAACCCACCUAGAUUAUGGACCGAAGUGACUGCUUUGUUUGCUUCACCCGUUUCGGAUGUGUUUUCUGGUGGGAUGGCAUUCUCGUAUUUCCCCACUUCGGAUGGGUAUGGGAUGGUGACGAUUGAUGGAAAUAGCGUGACCACAUCAGACGACUUUACCCGCCUUUCAGCCCAGUACAACAAUACCAAACCUCCUACUUCGAUCACCAAAUCUUCCGCUCCAGCCGUCACCACCAUCUCUUGUCCCUCUGAAAAUUCCACCCUGCUGGCAUCUUCUACCCUCCCUCCAACACCCGACGAAGCGGUAUGUGAUUGUCUGAACGCCAACGCUUUCGCAUGUUUGGUGAAACAAUCCAGUGCGAAUUCCCCCACGAUCGUCGGCGCCCUGAUCGAUUACACUUGCUCUUUGUUAGGCGCAAACGGUGGUUCAUGUGAUCCUAUAGGGGGAAAUGGGAGUAGUGGGAUGUAUGGAUCUUUGAGCAUGUGUUCUCCCGCUAUAAAGUUGAGUUAUGCCAUGUCUGCGUAUUAUGGUACGAAUCCGGUGUCUACAAGUUGUGAUUUUGCUGGGAAUGCGACUUUGAGUCCUCAUCCCCCCAACACAGCUCAAGAUGCCUCUACAGCCGCUCAAUCCUGUUUGGCACAACAACCAUCCGGAGGGGUUUACACCAUUUCAGCAUCCAGUAGCGUACCUACCGGAUCAACCACCGCUUCUGGUUCAGGAUCCAGUUCUACCCCAAGUUCAUCUUCCGGUUCUUCAUCAUCUAGUGCUAUCCGUUCAUCAGGAACGGGAUGGACCGUGUUAUUUGGUUUGACGGGUGUAUUACUGGGAGUAGUCCUGGGAGUACGAAUGUGAUCUUUUCGAGUACAACAAAGAAAGACGCCGGGCGGAGAAACAGGUCGGACAAGAUGGACGGGGAUGAGGGUAGGGGAAUGGGGAUGGAAUUGCAGUAGGGGCAACAUUGGGAUAUCGGGGAUCGGAUAACAGGGUAAUGGGGUAAACAGGGGUUAGUUAAUGUUGCAUUUUGAAAAGGACAAUUGCUUGUCAUGAGUAUGAACAUUGUUUAAUCGUCUUAU